CUGCAGAAUAUACCAAAUAAUGGCUGCUAGCUUCUAGCAUUUCUGCAUGUAUCAUCUUCGGUGAUACUGCCGUAAAUUAGCUCUCGGAAUUUUGUGGAUAUCUAUUAUAUUGCAAGGAAUUACCGUAAUUCUACCCUCGGAUUGUGAUAACUUGCCACCUACGCAAUGGCAACAGAGGCUUCCGUGGAAGCAGACACUUCGAAGAAGGAUAUUCUAGCUAAAAACAUGCCUUCGACCGGGACGGCCAAGAUGAAGUUUGGGGUCUUGAUCGGACUGAUUGAGGUGGGGGAGAUCGAGAACCGUGAUAUUGUUGACACCGUGCUGGAUCUGUUGGUUGGUGGUAAUUUUGAUCUGGAGUCUAAUUUCAUCAUCCAGGAACCAGACAACAUUGGUCACCUAGUGGACAUGCUUGCCCACUGCUCGGUCACUCUCCAGGCAGAAUCCAAUUAGGAUGCCAGGUAUCGUUGUCAGAGAGAUUUACGCGCCUUCCCUCUUUCCGCUCGACGAAUCCUGGAAGAAAAAUUGUCCAAUCUUGGGAUUGGAAUCGUGGUUCUUUCGUGAUAUUCUCUGAUGAGAGUGGACAGUUUCGCUGAGGAGUAGGAAAAGGUCGUUUGUGAUCGGAUGUCUGUUGUUAAUGAAUUCCAUCAGGAUCGCUGUAUGACUGGUCAGCCAAAGAUCACUUCAUCAAGUCUUUUGUUUGUGCAGCUUAGUAAGAUUCUUGGAGUACACUUUAUAGUGACAUGUUUUUCGAUACAUUCUGCACUUAAAAAAAACCCCAAUACAAUACAGUCAUUAACAUAAAGUUGGUGUGUUGGUCUUGGAGAUUGUGGAAUCGUCAGUUUGAUGACCUCAUUUGACCUGUGAAACAAAUUUAACAGUAGACAAAAUAUCUCAGUAUCUAAUAAUGCGUUAAAAAUGAUUGAAAGGAGAAUGUGUUAUAUGAGUUCAUGUACACAAUGGAUGGGAUAGUUUUUAGAGAAUGAAAACUGGAAAUGAAUAAUGGACACUGUUGAAAAUGAUUUGUUGGAAAGCUAUUUAGAGUGCACUGAUUGAAAUAAGUUAAAUAAUAAUAAUACAUAGUAUUAAUGAAGAUUCAAGCAGAAUCUUCAAAAAUAAAAUCUUCCCAAAUAAGAUUUAAAUUGAGGUCAUAUUAUCUAAAAUACAAAAGUGGUAACAUUCAUUUCUACAGUGUAUGUUAUCAUAAUUCAUGAGCAUGUAGUUAUAAGGCAUCAAAAAAUUGUCUUUUAUUACUUGUAAUUGGUUUCCCGGAGCACAUAAAUAUCAGCUACACAGUAGAGUGGAAUUUGUUAACACCUUUAGUUGCAAUAGUAAUUUAGCCUCCAGUUAACCCACCUGAUCCCCAAUACACAUUACAUUUUAAUACAUGUACUUUGUCGUUGAUUGUCAAAAGAGCUUCUGUUCUUCUUUAGAGCUUUGUUAAAUAUUCAUGUAUUCAUACCCCUUGUAAUUUUGAUGUAUCUUUUGUUGCUUGUUAUUUUGGAAUAGAUAAUUAGAAUUUGAUAUCACACUGCUCUUCUAUGCUUUGUUGCAUUGAAGUUUACUAUUAUGAUACUUCGCCAUCCAAUGCUAACUUUCAUGGAAUCCAUGGUUAUGAUUUAAUUCUCAGAAGUUGGAAUUGACCAUUGGAUGAGAAAGUUACCACAAUAGUAGGGAAUUUAUGCAACAUGGUUCUAAUAAAGGGAAUUAUCCAUUAGAAAUGAAAGGUGCUCGUAAAGUUUUUGGUUUACCACAUUGUCAAUGGCCUAGAUGUGUCUAUUUUUGUGGAAGACAUUGAUUAUUGUGAGUAAGAACAUGCUCUUGUGCCCUGUACAUGUACAUAUUUACUCUUAACACAAUGCAGACCGUACCAAGCAGGUCAGGCCUCGAUCAUUACACUCUGAUGUGUCAAAGCGUAAAUGGGGAUGGUACGAUGAAAUAUGAUCUAGAUUAUCACACCAUGGUCAAAAUCGAAACCGAUGAAAUACAGUGUGUACACCGUAUGUAGAUGAAUGCACAGAAAGUAGGUUGAUUGUAAACUAAUGGAUUAUCCCUACCCAGACAACGUCCUGGCUUGAGUCCUAGACAUCAAAUGGGACAUUGAGAGUUGUAUAGGUGAUCAUAUUAUAUAUAUUACAGUAUCAAAAAAUUAUGUGUAAAAAACAUAAUUAAUUAAUGUGGAAUAAGUUUGAAGAGUAUUUGACACUCAUCCGCAAGUGAUAUAAAGCUACCAUGAAAUAAAUUAGACUGCCAGCUUAAGAUGGAAGUUCAAGCUAAGUAAACAUGUUUGUGCGAACUUAAUUUGUUAUAUACCUGCAGUGAAAAAAAUCCAAUAUUCAGUCAACAGUAGUCCCAUGUGAAGACUUAAGAUGAGGGACCACAGAUAUGACAUGUUGGGGUGUUGGGGGAUAGGGAGAGGCGGUGCAGUGAAAUAUUAUUAUCAAGAUCAUCACAAAGUGGGGCCACUGGAGAGGGAAAUGAAUUGACAAGGGGUAAAGCAAGCUUAAGCUGAUUAGAAACAUUUCAUUUUAGGAUUACAGCUUUGUUUACUCUAACAUUUUCAUAUCAGAUGUUAAAAGAAGCAUGUUGAUUUUUAGCCGUUCAGUAGUCAGUCGUGCUCCUUACAUCUGACACUCAUGAUCAGUCCUUAAAAUGAUAAACUUGGAUACGAUCAGCGUUAGAUAUGAAAUUACUGAAAGGAAUUAGUUAAAAGCUUUUGUGGUUAUAGAUAAUUUAGUUUAAUGUUGCAAGUUUGGGAUUAAA